UUGGGACGGCUCAUUUUCCUCGAAGAGGGAUGCUAGGUUAUCGUCCAUAAUUUUAUAACUAGACCGUGGCAGCCGGGAAAGAGCGAUCGUACAAUCUAGUCAGACUGCACUGCACUCUUUUUGGUUUAUCUCCCCUGUAACAAAUCAAGAAUGCCCGGCUCAGUCAAGCAUCGUCCAGACUUCAAGGCUGCAGAUGCUGCUGCAAAGCUCAGGAGUGCUAUGGCAGGAUUCGGCACUGAUGAAGCUGCUAUUAUUCACAUUCUUGGAAACCAUAACUGUCAACAAAGAAUUGAAAUCGCCCAGGCAUAUAAAACAGCCUAUGGAAAGGAUUUACUUAGUGACAUUAAGUCAGAACUGACAGGCGACUUUGAGGAAGUGUGUCUUGCUCUGUUGACUCCUCCUAGAAAGCUGGAUGCCCAGCAGCUUCAUAAGGCUAUUUCGGGAGCUGGCACUGAUGAAACAAGCAUCGUUGAAAUUUUAGUGACAAAAACCAAUAAAGAGAUAGAAGAAAUUAAGGCAGCAUAUAAAGCAGAAUAUGGCUCUAACCUUGAGGAUGAUUUGUGUGGAGAUACGUCAGGAUAUUUCCGACGUCUGAUGAUCUCACUCAUGGCUGCAGGGCGUGAGCCAGAGGCUGCUGUGGACAGUGGUCGAGCUAAAAAAGAUGCACAACAACUAUUUGAUGCUGGUGAGGCUCGUUGGGGCACUGAUGAAGCUGAGCUCAAUGCUAUUCUGUGUCUACGAAGCCAUUCCCAGCUGAGAGAAACCUUCAAAGAGUUUGCUAAAAUUGCUGGUAAAAGCUUUGAGGACUCAAUUAAAUCUGAAUGCAGUGGCAGUCUACAAGAAGGCUACUUGGCCAUUGUUGACAGCGUAAUGAACACACCAGCCUAUUUUGCCAGAAGACUCAAUGAAUGUUUUAAGGGUCUAGGAACUAAUGACAGGGAUCUCAUUAGAAUAAUUGUUAACAGAUGUGAGAUUGAUAUGGAGGAAAUAGAAAGAGCCUAUAAAGCUAUGUAUGGUGUCAGUCUGAUUGAAGCCAUAGAAAGUGAGUGUGGAGGAGACUACAAGAAGAUGCUCAUUGCACUUGUCAAGAUGCAAGACUGAGCAGCAUCACAUGACAAUCUUCUCACUAAACCAGCUUGUCUGAACUUGACAUUGGAUUAUGUCUGGGUUUUUUUUUUAAACAAGUAUUUCAAGCUCAGCGUUCUGUUUUAUUUUUAUGUUUUUUAUAUUCCAAUUUUGUUUAUUAUUUUGCAUUUAAUUUUUUAAAUUCAUUAAGUAUAAUUUUCCAAUAGAGUCAUGUCUACAACUUUUAUUGUACACAUGAUUCUAAAAGGAUUUUGUUUCUUUAUAACAAAACAAUUUUAGAUUGUAUAUACCAUGUUUGCUUCACAGUACUUUUUUUUUAUUUUUGUAGUACAAGUUUGGAACCUGAUGUAACCCUGUAUUAUAUUUUCCUUUGUUAAAGAAUAAUCUUUACAUUCAAAAGCAAUAGCAUGAACACUGUCAUUGUGAUUGGAAUGUAAACAAUAACAAUCAUUUAAUAUUUGAUACUUUCUAUGAACAGUGUGUUUAGUUUGAUCUUUCAAGACUUUCAGUGCUAUUUCAUACAUUUUCUUUUCUUCAUUGUUCUCAUAAGUACCGUUGACGGGUUUAGUUAACUAGAUAAGUAAUCGUAUAUGUCCAGGGGGGAAUGUAUCUGGAUCAGGACAUAAAUAUUGUAAUGACCAUGUUCUCGCACUUCCUCUUCCUCGUUCAUUUAGUCCAUCCUCGUGCGCUAUCCUUAUACUUGGAGUAAUAAAAUUUAUGAAUUGAAUCUUAAUGUUUAAGCUUGUUUAUAGUUAUCUACAAAUUUUCCACUUCAGCAGUGCCCUAAGAAAAAAGCUUCUACUAGUUAUAUGCAGUCCCUCUUAGAAAUCAUACAAAGAAUUCUAUUCCAAAUAGCAUUUCACUAUUGUUCUAAAAUUAGGUUCAAGGUCUACUUUUGGUUUUCUGAAUGCCAACCCUUUUGUUUUUAAAUCAAACAGAUGGUUUUAAAUUUAAUACACAAAUUGAUUUUUUUUUCCACACAUGAGUUUUGUAAAGAUAAAACUAUCUUGCUUUGUUCUUACUACUCAACUACUGUACAGUGAUCUAAAGGUUGUAAUAAAAAGGGAAAUAAACGGUUUUGUCUUGUCUAA